AUGGUUUUUAACCUGGAUUACGGUGGCCCACUCUCGGGCUUGCACUGUUUUCGGCACCUGUCACGGUUUAAAAUUCUUGUCUGUGGUGGCGAUGGUACAGUAGGUUGGGCGCUCUCUUGUUUGGAUAAUGUUGGACAGGACGCCGCAUGCCCGACCCCACCCAUGGCCAUCCUCCCAAUCGGAACGGGCAACGAUCUUGCUCGUGUUCUCAACUGGGGCUCCGGCUACACCGGUACUGAGGAUCCACUCCAGAUUCUUCGGGAUGUGGUGAACGCUGAAGAAAUACGCCUGGAUCGCUGGACAGUUGUUAUUAAACCGGACCAGGUGGAGAGUGAUGCCCAAAAGAAACAGUUGCAGAUCGAGGCGAACGCAUGCAACACGAACGAGGACACUAGCAGGAUAUUUGUGAUGAACAACUACUUCGGUCUCGGUAUCGAUGCCGAUCUCAACCUCGACUUCCAUCUUGCUCGUGAGGAGAAUCCGGCCAAGUUCAACAGUAGAAUUCACAAUAAGUCGGUAUACUUCAAGAUGGGACUGAGAAAGAUGGUGAACCAAACAAAGUGCAAGGACCUUCAUCAGAAUGUCGCAAUCGAGGUGGAUGGUAGACAGCUCGAACUUCCCCCCAUAGAGGGGAUAAUCGUUCUCAACAUUCACUCCUGGGGAGCUGGUGCCAAUCCCUGGGGCGUGGAGAAGGAUGAGGCCUUCACCAAACCUACCCAUUAUGACGGUCUCCUUGAGGUCGUGGGUGUCACCGGGGUGGUACACAUGGGUCAGAUUUUCUCCGGCCUACGAACUGGCACGCGCCUUGCUCAGGGUGGACACGUAGGUUCCUUUUUAUGCAGGCUUCUCAUAUGCUGUGUACUGCAGGGAAUUUUAGAAUAG